UGAUGUGAUUGUCGAAGCAGAAGGAUGAUGGGAUUAGAUUUUUAGAUAUAGAGCACAAACUAAAUGUGUGUGUGUUCCAGAGCAAAGGGGAUGCGGGUGAAGUUGAGCCACCUGGCUGACAAACAGGAGUGGACACAUCACAAACACAGGGUCCAUGAGGACAGGACUCUUCAGGGUCUGGAGUCUCUACUCAACGGCAAGAUUGGCCAGAAAGCUUUCCUCUGGUUCCUGCAGUCUGAGUUCAGUGAGGAGAACCUGCAGUUCUGGUUGGCCUGUGAGGAGUACAGGGUUACCCCCCCAUGGCAGCAGGGGGCCAAGGCCCAGUCUAUGUACUGCCAGUACAUCAACCCUGGUUCACCACAGGAGGUGAACCUGGAUGCUGAGACCAGGGAGGCUCUACUGAGAGUGAUGGAGGAGCCUGCAGGCGACACAUUCCACGAGGCCCAACAACACGUCUACCACCUGAUGGCCAAAGACUCUUAUCCUCGCUUCCUGCGCUCCCCACACUGCCUGGAGGCCCUUAGGGUUCCUUAGAUACUCCACAGCGCCACCUGCUGCCCCGGAGGACCACACAACAUAAUAACAAGCUUGUGUUUUAUA